AUGUACAGAAGAUUAAUACCAAGUAAGUCCCUAAGGCAACUUGUGAGGACCUGGAGGUAUACACUGAGCUUGCAAAUGUCUCCCCAGAAUGGGACUCUCACUUUCAGACUCAUUACACAUAUAGCAAUUUUGGCUUCCAUACUUUCUCUUACCAUUUACUGGCUCAUCAGAGACAGUCACAGAGUGAGAAUGGGUGGAAAGCAUGUCUUCGUAACAGGCUGUGACACCAGACUUGGAAACUCACUGGCUAAAUGGCUUGACAAAAGGGGAUUUUGUGUCAUUGCUGCAUGUGCCACAGAAAAAGGAGGCCAAGAGCUAUGGUCCUGCUCCUCACUCUCACUGAAGACAGUGAACCUGAACUUGGCUGACUCCAACAGCAUUGCCAGGGCAAUGAGUAAAAUAUUGUCACAUACCAAAAUAAAAGGUUUUGUAAUCCUCUUAGGGCUUUUUGGUUUGGUGAGCAAUGCUGAAGGAACAGCACCUGUAGCACUCACUGACUGGCUGAAUGAAGACUUCCACUCAGUGCUGGAUGUUAGUCUGCUGGGAUUGAUUGAAAUCACACUCAAUCUUCUGCCACUUCUGAAAAAAGCUGAGGGAAGAGUAGUCAAUCUAAUUAAUGCCAAAGGCCUCAUGGCUUUUGUAGGGGGUGGCUACAGCCUGUCCAAAUGGGGUAUGGAAGCUUUUCUCACACCUUAUGAUAUCGAGAGAGACUUCUUAAGACUUUGGAACAGACCGACUCCUGAGAUCAGGGACUCCUAUGGAGAGAAAUACUUUGUUGAAUAUAUAAAAGCUCAAAGACCAUCACUGAAAAGACUGUGUGCCUCUGAUAUGUCUAAGGUCAUAAAAUGCAUGGAACAUGCCCUGAUAGCAAAGUACCCCAGGACACGAUACGGAGCUGGAUGGGAUGCAAAGUUCUUUUGGCUGUUUCUCUCCUGUGCCCCAAGCUGUUUGUAUGGCAUGCUGCUGUGUAUGACGUUUCCAGCACCAGCAGCUAGUGGGAGAUCAGUUCCUGGAGUUCUAAUUAACAUUUAG